AGAAAAAACAUGGCUCACAACUUUCAAACCUCGACUCUUUCUCUGACUUUACCCAUCUGCUGCCAGAUAUGCCUUGGAAAGGUUCGGCAGCCCGUCAUUUGUGCCAACUACCACGUGUUCUGUUCACCGUGCAUUGAAAUGUGGCUGAAGAAAGCGAGCCAGUGUCCCACCUGCAGAGUCCCCAUCACGGCAGCGAACCCUUGCAGAGAGAUUAUUGGAGCCACCAAUGAAGGUGAGCACAGAGAGAGCCACCCUGUCAGGAAACGUCUCAGAAAAGCUAGAGGAGAGCUGCUACUGAAGGAAUAUGAGGAUGAAAUUGAGGGGCUCCUUAGCGAAAAUGAGGGGUUAAGAACAAAAAACCAAAGUCUGGAAUCGCAACUGAAAACUGCUCUAGAUCCCAGCAGCAUUGCCGUUUCACGAACAGGGGAUAAUCAAGUUGACCCUUUUAUCCUGGAAGAAUGGAUAAACAAGCUGCAAGCUGCCACAGAUGUUUGCAGUAAAGUGAAGCAGGACAAUGAAAAGCUUAAAGAGGCAAACAAGGCGUUGCGAUCACAGAAUGUUGACCUUGUACAAGAGAAUAUGCAUUUGAAAGCAGAAGUGGCAAGCAGAUCUCCUCAGAAGUUUGGCCGUUUUACAGUGGCUGCACUAGAAGCUAAAAUCCAGCAAUAUGAGCGUGAUGUGGACCACUUGAAAAGGGCUCUGGAGCGCAGUGACCAGUACAUUGAAGACCUGGAAUCUCGGGUCAGUGAGUCUAAUAGGAGACCCCUUGAUCACCAAGAUGUGUUUGGGGACAGCAAACCUAAACCUAAAGCUCUUACAGAGCCACAGAGAAUCGAUAUGAUGAGGAGAAGCUUAAGUGACUCCGAGAGGAAGUCUAUCUGCAGUAAUCCAGAAGCAGAAUUUCAAAUGCUUCCUGCCAGCCACAGCUCUGUCUUCACAACUUCUACAGGAGGAGUUGAUCACAGAGAGCUUGGUGAGAGUCUUGGCAGGCAACAGGAAGAUCAAGACUUGGAAAAUGGGUCCUCACAAAUUCUGCCUUCUACUCCAUCCUCUGCUUUCAGUUCCCUGACUUUAAGAAGCCCAGGCAUCCGUGAGAAGAAAGUAGCCUUUAGGUCUACGGCUUAUCUAAGGAGACUCUAUUUUGAAGAAUGUCCAAGUCUUGGGAAGAGUGAUGACACUUCCUGUACCACAGAAAACCAGUUCUCCAACCUCUCCAAACUCCCCGAAGACCAACCCCCCAGUGCUGAAUUGGAGCCCUCAAAGUCUGUCCUCUGGGGAGCGUGGCAGAGAUCCUCAUCUAGUAGCCCCUCCUGCUCAGGUUCACGAAAGGAAAGGUCAUCACCGGAUAAAGGAGCCACACCCAAUAAUGUCCUAAAUAAUGAGCCUGAGAAUUUCCAGAUGUCAAGUGAAGCAUCAAUGGAUGCUGCCUACCUUGACAAAAUCUCUGAGUUGGACUCUAUGAUGUUGGAAGGAGAAAGUUCCAGCAGCCGGGGUUCAGUACGCUCCCUCACCUUCUCACCUCCCACAGAUUUGGAUGCCACUCUCAUCCCUGAACCAAAAACCCGCUCUUACAUCUUGACAAGCUGUGUUGACAAGGGUCUCACUGUAAGCAAAGGUCAUUCGAGUUUGUCAAAUGGUCAGCAAAACCUGUCUCCAUGUGACAUCAUCGGUGGGACCUUGUUAAACACUGAGGCACCAGCAGACUCCACUGAGGAAGAAGCUGCUUUGCUGACGUCUGAGGGUGAUGUUUAUGUCCUUGGCUGUGCAGAGAGCGAAACACCUCAGACAGAUGAACUGUCUUUUGACUUGCUGUUUGAUCCAUUGGAGGAGAAUAAGGCUGAUCUCUCUGGCUUGCUCUGUCCAGAAAACUUUCAUGAUGUAAAUGCCUCCUCCUCCUCCGCUGGCAGUUCUUGUAAACCUGGGAGUACAACAAGAGACAGACAAACACUGACCAUCAAUCAGCCAUCUAAAAGGAAGUCUCACAGUCCCUGCAACAUAAACAGUCCCACAAAACUCUCAAAGCUCAAGUAA